CCCCUUUCUUUAACACAUCUGGAAUGUCCAAACUGCUUUCAGAAACGGUCCCAGUGCACCAUUGUUCCGAACAUCGAGAUCUCCGGGAAAAUGAAAUGGAAACAGGUUGUUUUGCUUUCGUGUCUCGGGACUGUCUUUAUCCUGGGAAUUCUCCGGGAGAGUGAAUGCGCCGCGGUGCCUCUGGAUAAAACGAACAAACCAGAAGACCAGCAACGAAUGAAGAGGCAGGUUUUCGUGUCUGAACAAGACGCUUCUAACUUCUUUAAGCGACGUGCCAAGCGUUCUCCGAAAUCCAGGGCUGAAAUGAUGGCUGAGCACAGCCAAAGGCUUGCAGCUGAUGAACGAAGGAAGGAAUAUCGUGAAGAGCAGUACAAUGAAUGGGAGAAUUACGUAGAAGAGGAACAAGAUGAACAAUAUGAACGGUCUCGUGAAAAGGUCGAGUCGUGGCGUCAGUGGCACUUUGAUGGUCUCUACCCUCCAUACCAAUACAACCGCUACAUUUAUUAAAAGAUUCCUGUGAGCCUCAGAUUUAUGAGUUAGAACCGAGACUGCACACUAUAAGGCAACAUCAUGUACAGAUUGGUUAGAUAUAACAGAUUUGGUGUUCUACAGUUUUCUUCAAAGUGGCAAUAGAAGAAUGAUGAAUAAAUCUGUGCUUUUGAUUUAUUGCGUGCAGCUUCUAUAGGGCAUAGCUUUGAUAAAUACUGUAUGGCUUUCUUUCAAUGUUCUAACAAGUUCAUAAAUUUGAAGCAUUGUUUGAUUCAAAAGAUUUUUAACAUUUUGUUGCAAAGAGGAGUAUUAAAGUUGUAUGUGCCAGCCUCCCAUAGGUAACAGACAUGUGCAGAAUAUCAGACUGCUAAGAAACAGCAAAAGCUUCAGGCUAUUAAAAUCUUUACCCAUAGUUUAGGGUCUAUUUCAUCUAAGAGUCCCUGUAUUGAAAGAUAGCUUUUCUCAGCUACUUCUAUUUAUCAAAUACCUUUAUUGUAAUAGAAAGUUCCAUGGUGCUUCACAGGAAUGUAUAGAACAAAAUUAGACACCAAGGAAAGUAUUAAGGGAGAUGUCCAAAUACUUAAUUGAAGAGGUAAGUUUUAAGAAAAAUCUUGAAGGAAGAGCUAGAAGGGCAGAGAGGUUUAGGAAAAGAAACUUGAACUGUAGGGCCCAGGCAGCUGAAUGCACGGCCCCCUUCAAUUCAAAUAUUUGUGCUGUAUAGUUUCCUUUUCACUAUAUAACUUUUAAUUAUGCACUUAAGCUGUACUACAACUGCAUGCAGAAUAUUAAAAAUGAACAGAAUAAAUA